ACAGCCACAUUCAUGUCAGCGCCGGGCCACAUCUUCGUAGUGCUCUUUCAUCGGAAAAAAGUGGACUCAUUUCACUGGGCACUAGCUGUCGAACAAACAAAUAGGACGUUUACCAAGUUCCAUGCCAAGAACACAUUCGGGGGCAUAUGGUCCUAUGAAUGCACGGAACAAGAUAUUUUCAAGGAUGCUGCCCUUGUGGCGCUAGUGGAGAUCGGUAAGCCACAAUCGCGCCUGAAUAAGACAAAUACAACGGUCCACGAUCUGCAUGAGCUCUUCAAGGCCAUCCCCAUGGCCACACCUCGAGCGGAUGGAGGGCGCCGCACUCCAUUCAACUGCAUAAUCUGGCUGCGACAAGCUGUUCGUAGUCUGAGCGACCACAACGUCAUCUCAUGUAAUGAUGCCGUCGCUCUGGAGAAUGAGUGCCAGAGACUCGCUGAAGAGCAUGCUCCGGAAGUUUUGCAGGGUAGUGAAGGAUACAGGGUUUUCAAAUCAACGAUUUCAAUGUAA